GGAGUGAACAACAAGGAGACAGAGUGAGAGAAGGAGGAGAGUCUGAUGUCAGCAUGAGUCAACAACAUAAGAGCCCAGCGACGGGAAGCAUGGACAGAUAGAGACACACACAGAUCUACAGGUGGACCGGGCGGUGUUUGGAUGUCAGCUGUGUGUGAAGCAGAGCGAAGAAGAAAAGGAGGAGAAACAUGAGUCGGCAGCAGCAGCAGAUCCAGGGAGUGGUUUUAACGGGUUACCACAGCAACGCGGAACUGUUGCCGAAAACUGAAGUGUGUGCUCCGUCAGCCCAGGACCUCGAACCCGCCGUGCCCAGCCGCCGAACAGGCCACUACAACGUUCAGCAGAACCAAAACACACAACAUGAAGAUAGAUACGGGCCUGCCGCUACCGCCAGUAUUACCAAAACCAGCAGCACCGACCUGUCGUCACUCCCCAAUCCAAGCUCUGCCGCUUGCCCCAGGUCUCAGCUCUCCUCCAGCCCAAAGCCUGACUCCAGCCCCGGGCACAGUCCCAACUCCAGGUCCAGACCUCGACCCGCAUGUCAGCGCUGUAACUCUCAGGACUCUCUGGAUGAGCUGGAGAUGGACGACUAUUGGAAGGAGGUGGAGAAUAUCACUCGCUCCGGAGGAGGAGCAGGGAGGGGAGAAGGUGGAGGAGAAGGGGAAGUUCAAGAGGAGGAGCAGCAGAAGAUUCCUGAGGAAGGAGAGCAGGAGGAGGCGUGGCUUACAGAGGCGGGGCUAGCACGACUGUUUGAUGAUUCAUUGGCAGCUGACCAGGAUCAGGAAGAAGACAGCGCGGUGUUCCUGUCCACACUGACCAGAACUCAGGCAGCAGCUGUAGAACGUCGUGUGACCACACUACAGCAGACGUUGCUACGGCGACGCAACCGACAACACGUUCCUGACGUUAGGGAUAUAUUCAGACCUUCUGAAAAGGAUGAGCAGCCUAGUAAACUCAAAGGGGGAACUGAGAAUGGACAAAAAGAUGUCACUUCAGCUGAAACAGAGACAGAACUGAACGUUGAAGUGGCGUUUUCAGAGCAGGCGCUCUCUUACAGGGACAACCAUCAAAGAUUAAAGGUCACCACCGGCCCUAGUUCUCCUGACGACAAACUACCAAACUUUAAGCUGCUCCGAGACAAAACAGGUCAGACCAGGAUAGGAGAUCUGUCUCCUCUGGAUAUGAAAAAGGUGCGUAGACUGGCGCUUGUGGAGAUGACUGCUCUGUUUGACACUGCUGGGAUAGACCUGAAGGCGCACAAAGCUGUCAAAGUGAAGGCUAAAGAGAGUGGUCUGUUCGGUGUCCCCCUUGCCACUUUAUUGGAUCAGGACCAGAGGCGGGCUCCUGGGACCAAAGUGCCAUUCAUACUGCAGAGGUUUAUCAGUCAUAUUGAGGAGGAGGGAUUAGACACAGAGGGGCUGCUACGGAUCCCUGGAGCGGCCACUAGAGUCAAGUCACUGUGCCAGGAGCUUGAGACCUCCUUCUAUGACGGAAUGUUUCCAUGGCAACAGUUGAAGCAGCACGAUGCUGCUAGCCUUCUGAAGCUGUUCAUCAGGGAGUUACCCCAUCCGCUACUGACUGUGGAGUACCUCAGCGCAUUCAUUGCUGUCAACAAGCUCCCCACAAAGAAGCAACAGCUGCAGGCUUUGAACCUGCUUGUCCUUUUGUUGCCCGAGCACAAUCGGGAUACUUUGAAGGCAUUAGUGGAGUUCUUCCAGCGUGUGAUUGACCAUCAGGCCAAGAAUAAAAUGACGCUCAACAAUGUCUCUGUUGUCAUAGCACCCAACAUCUUCAUGUUCAAAGGCUUCCGCUCCAAGGUUACAGAACAACAGGAGUUCUCCAUGGCAACCAGCACAGCCAACAUCGUCCGCCUGCUGAUUAGAUACCAGAAUCUUCUAUGGACAAUCCCCAAGUUCAUUGUGACCCAGGUCAGACAUCAAAACAUGGAAAGUCAGCGGAAACAGAAUAAAGAGAGAGCUGUAAGAAAGCUACUGAAGAAGAUAACCACUGACAAACCAUCUGAUAAAGCUGUCCCUGAGGAGAGUUCACAGGGGUUCAUUCGAGUCCAAGCCCCCCAGUUCAGUAAGAUCUCUAUGGCAGUUCAGCUCACUGCAGAGCUGCAGGCCGCUGAUGUAUUAACCCGCUUCCUCAGCCAAGACAGUUCCGUGACAGUAAAGCGAGAAGAGCUGUGUCUCUAUGAGAUCGGUGGAAACAUCAAGGAGAGAUGUCUCGAUGAGGAAACGUACAUGAAAGACCUCUUCCAGCUGAACCCUACAGCAGAGUGGGUCAUCAAAGCUGCACAGCGAUAGACUUGAUGCUGGACUGCUCCCCGGUCUCUCCACAGCGUCUCACUGGGAAGAGACAACACCUGGUUCUCUUUGGUUUUUGGCUGGUUCUGGACGUGCUUGGACCAUUCAUGUGUAGCACACAGCGUUUUUAACCCUGAAACCAAAUAAAUGCUAAUAUUCCAAUGGCAGUUUAAGAACUUGUGAAAACCCAUUUGGUGAAAUGUGUGGUAAUACGUUUUUCUUUUCUAAGUCUUUGCAUAACCAGAAUUCCCAAACAAGAAUAAAGGAAAAUUGGUGUUUUAUGCAACAACAACAAAAAAAAGGAUUAUACACCUUUUAAUUUUUUUUCCCACCCUACCUUAUGCUUCUAACUGGAAUCUUAUGCGUCAGGUACCAUGAGCCUGAAGUACAGUCCAGUGGUGUGGUUGAAAGAAAACCUCCAGUAUGAGAAUAUCUUGUCAUCUCUAUACUCCUGACAGACCACUGUUUAACACUGGUGGAAAUACAUUAUUUCCUCUAGUUUGUCUCAGCACUUGAGUCACAAUCUUAAUAUUAUGUGAUACUGUAAGUAUUUCUUUUGUAUACUGUGAUUUACUACCACUAAUCACUUUGUUGUGCCUGCAUUAAUAAGCUAAAAUGAUAUAGUCUGCGUCAUCAAAAUUCUAUUAAAUCUUGAACAUCAAAUUUCUGUUUGAAAACAUUGGCUUUUGUUCAGCUGUAUUUUUUUUUUUUUUUUUUUUUUUUUUUUUUUA